CGCCGCCCGAACCGGAGACCGAGCGCGGUCCGUGAGCGGGGGGCGGAGGGGAAUGGGGACACCCCGGGGGCGGUCCGCGGCCCCGAUCCUGCCCCGGGGGCUGAGCCGGGCUGGCCCCUCCUCCGGCACGGCCUCCCGCGGGGCGGCGGGCCCCGAGCGCAGAGCGGCGGCGGCGGGGCGCGCUCCGAGCCCGCUCCGCCGGGCCAUGGCGAGCGGCGGCGCCGCGCCCGGGGGCUCGGGCUCGGGCCCGGGCUCGGGCACGGCGCUGCCCACCCGUUUCCAGGAGACCGAGAAGCUGCUGGCGCCCACCGAGGGCCGCGAGGAGAAGGGCCUCCGCGGCUCCAAAUCCUUCACGGCCGCCUUGGCCGCCGAGGCGGAGCGCAACGGGCACGGGCUCGCCUACAAGUCGGUGUCGGUCGGGCACCUGGAGGCGGCCCCGCUGUCACCGUCCCGGCUCAGCCUGGGCAGAGCCUCCUCCACGGCCACCAGCACGGCGGCACCGGAGCAGGGCCGCCCGCGGGACUACCUGCUGCUCGCCAUGUUCUCCUGCUUCUGCCCCGUCUGGCCCAUCAACGUCGUGGCCCUCGUCUUCUCCAUCAUGUCGAGGAACAGCGGGCAGCAAGGGGACAUGGACGGAGCCCGGCGACUCGGCCGCAUGGCCAGGCUGCUCAGCAUCGUCUCCAUUAUCCUGGGGACCAUCAUCAUCGUGCUCUACAUUGCACUCAGCGUCAGAGUUUCCUAGAAGACGUUUCAGCAUGCAAAUACCUCGAAGAGGAGGAAGACAACUUUCCUUUUGGGGUUUUUACUUUCAGCCUUGCAACAAAAAAUUGUCACAGUGUAGGUGGGCAGCCCUAGACAGCCUGCUCUGGAGCGCCGUCUGAAGGAACGCAUGCUUCUACUUCACCGCCUCUUGGAAACGAGUCCGUACAAGUGAUGGGUUAAAAUACAUGUCACAAGAAGGAAUGGGAAAGGACAUCAGAUGCCGAGCGGAGAGGAGAAGGGGGAAGUCUACUACCUCAUUCCCCUCCAGCAAAAUUCACGGAGCGGGGAGACAAUUAAAGCGCAAGAGGAGGAGAGAGUUUUGAGAAUGAAGCUUGUUUAAAAGAGAAAUUUAAGGCGAGAACAGGACGUUUCGAGGAAUCCUCCUAAGAAUUUUGGCACAAGUCACUGAAUUUUUGGGGCGUUGUUGGUUUGGUUUUUAAAGCGUCGAAUUCUGUGUAUCUACAGAAAAAAAAAAUAAGAAAAAAAAAGAAAAAAAAAAAAAAGAAAGAAAAAACAAAACACAAAGCUCAAACUGCCAUCAGGAGCUGAGAGCUGUUCCACGGAGGAGGAGGAGAGCGGCAGCAGGACCAUGGCUCUGCUCCGAGCAAAGCGCAGCUGCAAGAGCUGGAGGAUGUGGUGGGUGCUUUUGUAUUUUUGAUGAAAAAAAACAACAAAAAAAGAGACAAUGACCAUUUGCAUGCCUUUGGGAAUGUUCUCCAUGUCUGUUCCUACGAGCUCUUUUAACACUUAGGGCAGAUCUCAGAGCUGGCAGAGCAGGAUGUUGCUGCAUGAGAACGCCAGGCUCCUUCUCACCCCAGUCCCACGGUGGGGUUUGUAAUGGAAGGCAAAAUAAUGCUUCCUCUGUGAACCCGCACAUUUCUCUCUCUGUGCACCCAAAGUGAGGUUAAUACUGUCCCUGCUGAGAAAAGAGCCUGGUUAAUCUGUAGCAGCAGUACCAAGGCACGGAGAGCCCAUUCUGCCCACUUAUGUCACGUCACGUCCAUCACACAAAAGCUUCAGAGUGAUCCAGCCCCCGCCACUGUCAGUCCUCGUCUCCCUGACCCUUCUGGGCUUCAGCUGAGGGUAUUCUGGGAGAUUUUCAUAGGCAUGGAGAAGGUUAAGGUCCCUGCCCCUGUCCUGCACCUCUCACACGCUCUUCUGCAUCUCUGAAAAUCUCCAGUAUCCCCAGAACUGGCUGGGGUCAGUUCCACAAGCAGUAUUAUUUUUUAAUGUUUUCUAUUUAUCAUAACAAGAAAACAGACUUUGCUCCUCCCAAUCCGCUUAUAGGUGCCCUGUGCCCCCCCACGUCUUCCACAACACGCGGUUCCUUGGCCGCUUCCCACGGGAUCUGAUCCCAACAUGCUCCCUCGAGCCUCCGUCCAUCCCCGUCCUCUCUUCCCGCCCCCAACUCCAUCCUCGCCGCGGGUUGUUCCUGGGGUUGGUUCUCUAUCCAGCCACCCAGACUAUGCAAAAUUUCAUCACCUGUUCUUUUAUUCAGGCUUUGUAGAUGGCUUCUGGCCAUAACCAUUGGCUCCGUGUUAGCCGAGCCUCUCUCUUCUGUCAAAACUUUGCGGGCACAAGUUGAUGGCCAAGAGCUGCCACUCCCUGGCCCUUCUGUUGUCCCCACCUGGCAGCCUGGGACCUGGAAAUCUGGAAUGUUCUGAGAAAUAAAGUGCUUCAGGGCACUUCUGCUCCCUACCAUCAAUCUCCUGAAAAAUAACCACAAACAAGCAAACCCCAAGCCUUAGAUCCGACCUAAUGCUUCCAAGGGCUUGUCUACAUGGAGAACCUACUGUACACCAUGAGAAACUUCACAACACGACUGCUUGGCACUGACUUCUUCUUUGGGGUGCGCGAGUGUGCGUGCAGGGUUAGCACAGGGCAGGGCUGCAGGGUAAACCCACGCUGUAGUUACUCUGGAGUAACUAAUGGGCGAAGCCACGGGCAUUGCUGUGAAAACUCUCGUCACCUCUUUGACUGCUUCUUUUUAAAGUGUUUUCUUUUGCCAGGCGUUAUUUGAAUCCAGGGGGUAGGAAAGCCAAAUCCCCUAGACAGGCUGUUAACGUUUUUCUCUACAUUAAAAGGGAUUCCAGGGAUUCAGAGCAAUAGCACAUCACUACAGCACUUUCUUGGGCUCCUUUCCCAGUGCUUUAUUAUAAACCAUUGGCUUCUAAAACGGACCAAACUCGCAACCUUUCUUUUGCAAUUAGUUUUUUGUGAGCUUCAGCAGAGCCCACUGAGCGCUGCUCGGUGUGAAACGCGGCUUGCUGGCAAACACACGCUAAUGUUUUUGUGAUACAGAAGGGCAGCCCUGCCUGUCCGUGCAUCUUCUGCCCUUUGCUCUCUAAGCUGCUGAAAUUCAGUUGAUGGUAAAGCUGAGCAAGCUCCUCCCUGGGCUGGAAGAGCUGACAUUCACGGAAAAGCACCACCAUGAGUUAUAGUACUUGAGAGCGCCAAGUAUUAAGUAAGAAUGUAAACGUUCUUUUAUCAUUAUAUAAAGCUUUUCAUCUAAAAUGCUUUACCACAGUUAAAAGACUAAACCUCGCCACACUCCAGGAUACUCUAAUUGCAUGGAUGGCAACGUUGCUCAGUCUCACGUGCACCGCACAGCUCUGAAAUAAACCCGUUUUUCUUUCUUCUCUUAAUAUAAAUAUGAGUGAAUUUAGAUUGUCUUUUAAUCUGAUUUUUUCCAAAGAGAUCUCGGCAAAAACACAUGCUACACUUCAAAAUAGACUGAAAUACCUGCAGUCGUAGGAACAAGGGGGAUUUGUGAGGCAGCUUGCAAUGGUUCUUGCAGUAGAGGUACCAGAAUUCAUCUGAAUGCAGGAGAAGGCAGCAGCUUUCCCAGAAAACCCUGCAGUGAUGAUUUAUUGCAUGUGCUCAAACACAGCUUAUGCUCCUGUACCACCGGGCUGCUGAGGCGAUUGCUUCUCAUCUCACUAUUCAGUCUAAUGAAAAACUAAGGCAAAUUCAUUUCAUUUUUAAUCUUCUUUUUGAUUAGAUACCAUCGUGCCGCUCUGCACUCUUGAAUACAGCUUUUUGGUCCUCAUACUGCACUUACAUCCAGGGGAAAGCCUCUACAGUAACCCCUGACAAAGUAUUUUCUCUCUUUGUAACCUGGAUCUUCAGUCCAUGGGAAGGAAACUCCCCAGGGUUAUCUGGAAAGUCUCUUCUCCCUGCUCUCUGCCAAUUUCUCAGUACACUUCUCAGUCUGACAUUUUGCAAAGGUUUUGCCACUAAAUCCUUGCUCUCCAUGGCACACAUGCUAUUAUCCCAGCUCAGCUGCCUGUUUGACUCUCUCAGGUGCAUUAACUUGUAUUUGUGAAGGAAGGAGUUGCUGAGCCCCCAGCCCUUGACACCCACCUCACCCGUGGCUGUGUUACCAGGGGGUAAAUCACAGCCGAACUUCAUCCUGAGGCCCCCAGCAGGCACGGUUCCUCCUUUGGUCUACACCUGGGGAACAACAGCAUCCCUCAUGACUUUUUGCUUAUUUAGUGUUCACCUAGGUGCAAAUUAUUCUUUUUCCUCAUCCGAGCACAACCAGUCCUUCUCCUUACCUUUGCUUUUAGCGCACAGGAGUGCGAUAACAAAAACUACGUAAUGAAAAGGCUUUCCUUCUCCAUCCCCACAAAUAAGCCUUGUUACUUAUGUCACAGCUCUUUGCCACCCGCUGCAGCCUCCUCUAGGCACACACAUCAGAGCAGAGUUGUCUGUGUUUGCAGCUGUAACAGCCAUGAAACCCUCAGGAUUUGGGCAACUUCUGCCCCUGGUGAAGCAGGUGGUGGGGCAGAAGUGGGGGAUCCAAGAGCCGUGGUGGUGAUCCAGCCUUACCUGACAGUGAAGUCGAGCUGGUAGGAGGAUAGCUUGCUGAAGAGAUGGAGAAGGUGGGAAACGUCUCUAAAUGUGAGUUGAAGUAGGAGUUACGAUCGACAAGUGUGAGGUCCUGGUGGGAUAUAAAUACACGUUUGCACUGCUCGGGAAAGAGCCUCUGAGUGGAGAGCGUGGCUGGUGGCACCUUGUUGGCAAUGGUGUCCCCGGGCUCUUCUCCCCAGGGUUUUGGGGACAGUCGGGGUCUGCAGGGUGGCACAGAAGAGCCCUUGCUGGGCACAGCAAUGCUAAAUCCAAGGCCUAAGCUGAACAAGCGAUGUGCUGCUACUGAGCAGAGGUGCUUGCUUGGUUUCAUACGUCUUCUUGUAGGAUGCAAUGACCGAUGGUCAGAGAGGUCUAGCAGGAGUCAGUCGGUCACAGCAAAUGCUGGCUCAGACCAAAGGAGGAAAGAAAGUGACAAAGGGUUUGAUUUCAGUUUGCUGCAUUGAUGAUGAAUUUGCUUUUUCUGGUCGGUAUUUCACUCCGUUCCAGUUUGCUCCUCUCUCCCCAUCUUUGCCAGUUCAACUUGCAUUCUCAUGCAAUGCACAAGUGUCACAGGCUCUUCCCUCCCAUCUUCUGCCUGUUGUUUAGUCCGAGACAGGUCUUGUUGGCAAUGAGAUGCCCUUGCUGGGCUUUGCUGAAAGGGGUUAUCGAGGGGCAGGGAACCUGCUCCUCCAGGGCUGUGGACUCCAGCAUGUACCGCUGCAGUAACUGACCUUCCAAAUACAGGCUUCUCCAUGUAGACAAGGGGAGCAGAUCCCGCCUUGGAGAUAGAAUUAAAACUCCGUUUCCAUUCUGUCUGAGUCCAGGGAGAGGCUGCAGAAAUGCACCCACUGGGCUGGUCCCAUGACUUCUUGAUUUUUCCCCCUGAUGCCCCCCAUCUUGCCCUAUCACUGUGUUACCACAGAACCACAUCCAGGGCCACACAGUCAAGCUGAAAUAAUUUCAGAUUUGAAGUCGAUUUUUUUCAGCAUACAUCCUUUAAUAUCGGCAAAGACAGAUCUGGACUGAAGACUCCCAUGCUUGGGCACAAGCCAAGGGGGUGGGGGGGUGAAAGCAGCCUUUUCAAAGCAGGAAUAUUUGUAAAGCAUUUGCUGACACCAGUAGGUAGCAAAAUUGAAACCUAUAAAUACCCAUCCAGGAUAAGAAACGUCAGAAAGGGAACGUGUGCAGGAUUCACCAAGGCAACCCUGACAGCACUUUGGGUGCCCUCGUUAGAUGGUGCCCAGGAGACGACCCUUUGCGUGGAUGUGCAGGGUCUCUGCCCCCACUGCCACAACCACCAUCCAUGCGCCGGCUCCUCCUGUUUCGAACCCAAACUGGAGGAGCCGUGUUUCACAGACAGCAUGAACACAUCAGGAAUUGCAGCUGGGCGCUUCUCUUUGCUGAUAAACGUUUCUUUUUCUGCAGGAUGGUAUGGUAUAUCUUAUAUACUUUCUUUGUAUUUCUUGGCAUGAGAAAAAAAUUAAAAUGUAACAUGCAUGGUCAAA